UGUGUUGAAGCCAACAGGCACAAUAUAUUACAGUCUAGGGCUUGCUGCUGAAAAGCCCGUUGGAUCCUCCACUGACCUGCUGUUCUUUCCUGCUUUCCUCUCGCGUUUUUUCCACAUUUAGAUUAAAAACAAAGCUCUCACUCUCCCUCUCUUUCUCUCCCCUCCCUUUUUCUUCAUCUUCCUCUUCUUGUUCUUCUUUUUCUGCUUUUUUUGCAGCAGCAGUCAAGGCACAAGCUUUAGUGUGUCAGAGUGAGGGUAAAGAGGGGGAAAAAGCAGAGAAGAAGACUAUUUGGACGGAGCUGAGUGUGUGUUUAUGUUUGUAUGUCUCACCAUUGGACGGCUGAGUGAAGAGGCACGAGGAGAAGAGGUAGAGGAGGAGAAGAAGAUGGAAGCCUGCCUAGAUAAAAUUCUCUGUGUCAUGUCACUACGUGUGGACCUUGACUGAUCACAGGCUGAGGAAAAGGAAGAGACACGCUGAGAGGAAGACAGGGAGGUGGAGAAACCGAGACUUUGGUUUCAUUGGGAAAAGAAGAUAAGAAGGAGGAGGUACAAGUCUGGCGCUCCUUUUUAUCAUGACAUGGUUGGAUAAACAAACUGACGGACUGAGCGCUCUUCAGUUGUGUGUCAACAGGAAUUUGCCUUAAAAGAAAAGAAGGAGAGAGACUUUGGAAGAGUAAAGACUGCUGUGUUAAACCCAGCUAAGGAGCAGGGACUGGACUUACAGAGAGUGUGUGUGUGUGUGUGUUUGUGUGUGUGUUUGUGUGGCUGUGUAACCGGUGGAGGGCAGAGGAGUGGAGGGCCAGGGGACUAACCUGGCCAUCAAACGGACUGGCAGCCUCUCCUCUCCUGGGAUCAUGUACCCUCAGGGUAGGCAUCCGGUCCCCUUACAACCCGGCCAGUCUUUUAAGUUCACAGUCCUGGAAACCCUGGACCGUAUCAAGGAGGAAUUCCAGUUCCUCCAGGCGCAGUAUCACAGCCUGAAGCUGGAGUGUGAGAAGCUGGCCAGUGAGAAGACUGAGAUGCAGAGGCACUACAUCAUGUACUACGAAAUGUCCUACGGUCUCAACAUUGAGAUGCACAAACAGGCGGAGAUUGUCAAGCGUCUCAGUGCCAUCUGCGCUCAGAUCAUCCCUUUCCUCUCUCAAGAGCACCAGCAACAGGUGGUCCAAGCAGUGGAAAGGGCGAAGCAGGUCACCAUGGCUGAACUCAAUGCCAUUAUCGGGCAGCAGCAGCUCCAGCACCUGUCUCACCAUGCUCCUGGCAUUCCUCUGACGCCACACCCAUCAGGCCUGUCCCUGGGGGCAGGGGGCUCAGGGCUUCUUGCGCUGACAGGGGCCCUGGGGGUCUCGGCACACCUUGCCUCCAAAGAUGACCGAAACCACCUUGAUCCCGAACAUCUCAGAGAGGGAGCACCCAGCAGGAGUAAGUCAGUGUCGUCAACAGACAGUCAGCCCACUGAGGAGCGCCAGGGCCCAUCAGGAGGCUACUCCUCCUCGCAGGGAGGAGCUGAGGCAAAGAGGAGGCGCUGUGAUGAUAAAGAGCCUCUUCCGCCACACUCCUAUGACAGUGAUGGAGACAAGAGUGAAGACAAUCUCGUGGUGGACGUUUCCAAUGAAGAGCCUAACUCUCCCGUGGGCAGCCCUCCUCACUCCCCUCACGGGAAUGGGUUGGACCGGGCUCCAACCCUAAGGAAAGAGCUCCCGGGCUCCUCAAGCACAGGAGAGGCUCCCUCCACCCCAAACCCUCGCAGCCCCACCCCAGGGAAGGGCAAGGACGCUGCACAGAUGGAUAAGUCCCAGUCUCCGUUGUCCAAGUCUGGCACCCCAUCCCCAUCCCACCGUGAGGCCCUUACCCCAGGAACCCCAGGAGCCCCUGGUCCUAGCACCUCCUGCCUUCGUCUGGUCAGCAAAGCAGCAUCCAGCGCAGACCCCCUUGCUCUCCGCAGUCCCAUGUCUGUGCCCUCUGGUUCAUACCCAGCUCAUUUUGGCGUGGUGUCCCACGCAGGCCUGAAUGGGGAGCUGGCCAGCCCAGGAGGUUUCGGUGGGGCUCUAACUCUCUCUCCACAAAUCAGCGCAGCAGCCAAUGCCUACUCCCGAAGCCCCAUGGUGGCAUAUGACUCCCGGUCUCACCUGAGGGCGCCAGGGCUGUCCUCUUCUCUGCCUGGUUCCUCUGGCGGCAAGCCUGCCUACUCAUUCCAUGUGAGCGCAGACGGCCAGAUGCAGCCGGUGCCCUUUCCCCCUGACGCCCUGCUGGGCCCGGGAAUCCCUCUCUCCAAACCUGACAAGUACCAGCUGCACCUCCAUGAGAGCUGCGUUCUCUCCCUUAAGUUUGCCUACUGUGGCAAGUGGUUCGUGAGCACAGGAAAAGACAAUCUGUUGAAUGCGUGGAGGACACCGUAUGGAGCUAGUAUUUUCCAGUCCAAGGAGUCCUCGUCUGUGCUGAGCUGUGACGUCUCCCCGGACGACAAGUACAUAGUAACGGGCUCCGGGGACAAGAAGGCCACGGUGUACGAGGUGGUGUACUGAGGGUUGGGACGAGAUGGGAAGAGACAGGACGGAGAUUUUUCUGGUGUUUUUUUUGGAGGAUAGGGGAGGGGCAACCAGUUGCCCCGCCAACCGCUCCUGAUCCGCAUUACAUCAGCAACAACAGCACCUCCGUUUCAGUCCUCUGAGCCCUCCUGACCCUCACCCCUAAUACAUCAGCCCCGCUCCCCCGUUUUCCUGUGAUAUAAGCUACUGUGGAAGCUCCCAAAUGCCUCCUCCCUCCUCCCCCAUUCCCCUUUAAGCCCAAGGAUGAGGCAUGAUAGCAGAGAGAGAGGCGGGAAGGGAAGCAGCAAGAUAAGAAGGACAAAGGAAAAGGGCGGUGGAGCAUAAAGAUAAAGUCGGGAGGGAAAGACAAGAAGGAGGAGAGAAAGCGAGAGUGCGGAAGGAAGAGAAAUGAAAGAGAGCACGAGGAGAGGGAGGAGGAGGAAAGAGGCAGGGUAAUUAGGGCUGUUUCCUGAUUAAGAGCUCAGUGGAAGGGAGGCCCCCAGAGGAGGCGCGGAGCGGCACUGUGGGAGCGCCAGCCAGGAGCACUGAUACCACACAAUCGAUUCAUUAGCCAGACAGUGGAAGCCUUAAUGAGGCUGACGCCGCAGCUCGCUCUCCCCAGCGAGAGGUGUCAGGAGCUCGGGAACGAUGACGCGCCGAGAUGGAGGGGGGCGCUUCAGAUAUCCACAUACACUGACAUGAAACAUAGACCUUCUCACACGCACACACACACACAAACACACACACACACAGGCGCACGUCAUCGGGCAAGAAUACACACACUCUCGGAUACACUCCCUUGAGGUGAUUGCAGGAAUAGAGAGACACCCACACACACAACACACACACACACAACACACAGAGCACCCAAUUAAACAUUCGUCGCAGCGCUCCCCGUCUCACUGCGUAAUAUCUAUUUUAUUUUGCUCUGACAAAGGCAGCGUCUAAUGAGCAGCGGAGUCAGUGGGAUUCUCCCAGGGCCCAGAGACACAAACACAGAACAUCAGCCGAGCUGUUCCCUCUAAUUCCUCUGGAUUGUUCUCCUGACACCGGGCGCUGCACUCACUCUCAUUAAAGGCACUGUCAGCUAGAUGAAGUAGCAGCACGCCAACUUCACUGUAAGGCAGACAAGACGGCAAAUUAACACCGCCCGAUUACGCUAUCGUCAGCAGCAAACUAAGCAGCUAAUUCGAAUCCUUUUAAAUUGUAUGCAACUAGUUGCUGUUUUCUUUUACGCACCAGAUGAGACUUACAUGUUUAUCAAAGUCAUUGUCUCCGUCUCUGCCUGCCUGCUGAUGUGCUAGUGUUCAAAGUGGCUAACUCUUGUUCGGUGAGCUAUUGAUUGCUAUUAAUUGAUGAAAAUACAUGUAUAGAUUUAAAUGAUUGAUGCCACUCUUUUGCUAAGUAUGAAGCAGCCUACUAACCUAGCUUAGCAUAAAGACUGAAAACGGGGAAACAACUAGCUUCUCUGUCCAGAAAUAACAAAAUCUACCUAUCAGCACCUCUAAAGCUCAUGAUUAUCAUAUUAUGUCGUGUGUUAAAUCGACAACUUGCUGUUUCAUGAGGUAACGUCCUGGAGUGUUCCCUGGUCUCCUGGUAACCAAGUCAUGCACAUAACCACGCUGUAAAACACCAACAUGUGGAUUUUAUUUUUCUGGUUAUGGUAUGGAAUAAAUAACGACAUCUAGUCCGUACAUUAGUGAUCUUUAAAGGUGGUGGUAGGUGGGUUUUGCUUCCUUUGGACGGAGCCAGCCUAGCUGCUCCCCAUUGUUUCCAGACUUUAUGCUAAGCGACUGCUGGCUCUGGUCUCAUAUUUACAGUACGAUCUGGGAGUCGUAGCAAUCUUCUGAUCUAACUCUCAGCAAGAAAUCAAAUAAGCGUAUUUCCCAAAGUAUUUUCCAAAUUUCUUUGAACCUGAUUCGAGCUCUUCAUUCCUCUUUGUAUCAUAUUCCAAACUGUCAGGCAAAGUGUAUAUCAGAGCUUUCUGCUUCAGUAGAACAUGCGUCACCAUUAUGUAGACUAAACAGGCACAUUUUAAGCUUUUCUUUUAUUACUCCUUUAUUUCAGUAUUUUUUAUAAAUAGUUAUUGCUCGUCUUGAACGAUAUGUUUAUGUAUUGGGGUUGCCUAUGACUGCGUUUCAGGUUCGGGGGAGCAAACAGAGGGACGCACUCACACAUGGAGACGUACAAAAUCAAGUAGAACACAGGCGGGAAAAAUAUUUUUGUUCUUUAAACUUUUUCUUUUUUAAAUAAGUGUGUGUUUAUCCUUGGUGGUGGUGACAGGCAGAGGGCAUACAACAUCAGCAGUCCAAUGUAAAGAAAAAUAAAUAAGGCCCUCCGUUUUGGUUGUUGUUUUUGUUUUAUUCCCUUUCUUUUCAAAAGUGGUAGUAAAUGUAAUGCAGUCUGUUUUCAGUCCUUAUUGUGCAGCUGAACUAUUUUUUUCUUGAGUCCGUGGUCAGUGUACAGCAGGCGUCGGCUGCACUAGGAUAAUUCCAAUUCAGCCAUCGAAGAGGUCCCACUUUCUACUGCAUGCUUGUGCACUAAAGCUCCACUUCUGCUGAUAGAACAAGACAAAUCAAAUUUUACUCAGUAGAUACAGUGAACGGUCUCACGGCCACAGUUUUACAUUACAGUAUCCAACUCUAUUCAACUGUAUGUUUUAGCCAAAUAUGUCCAUGUUUCUCAAUGCAGCGCUAAUGCAGGAUAGAAGAAUUAUGAGGAACUUCUCUAAUGGCUCCUAUAACGGCGAUCUGUACAGUUCAAUGCCAUUGCCUGCCUCUUUCCCUUUCUGCCUGUCAGCCACAGGCAGACCUAAAUGAUAUUCUCAUACACAAGCUUGUAUACUACUCAGAAUGAUGUUGUAUAAUGGCUAUGCAUUUGGUGGUAUAGCGUGAAUAUUUGGGACAUUGUAUUUGAUACUCUUCUUUACCUGUCAGUAACGUAGCUCUCCUCUGCUUGUGCUUUCUCUGUUCCAACAGUCUAACAACUUUUAUUUUUUUCGUUAUUACAAGCCCGUGUUUAGUUUUUCUUUUGUAAAGCCAAGGAUAUUUUUUUUUUUACUGCUAAAAAAUCCCUUCUGAUGCGUUUCCUAUGUGCUGUACAAGAAAUACUAUGUGUGAAAAUAAACCAAACUUGUGUUCAUCCUUU